UUUCUAUGCACAACGUUAUGCUUUUCGCAGCAUUUUAUUAGCAUUUUGCUCAUGAUGGAGAUUUAUUUGUCAGGUACGGUGUGUAGGUGACAAUUUUAAGUACUAUCGAGCAAUGCAAGUGUUACACGAGCCAUGAAGCAACGAAGAGAGGAUCAAUGUCAAGCAGCUUCAGGGGUGAGGCGUGCGAGGAAGCUCUCUGAAUGACAUUUGCGUACGGGAUUUAAUUUUUCUCACAGUUCUCACGGAACCGACUUGGAAGCUUUGAGCACGCCUCAUCUUGUUGCGCAGUUACUUUACUAAGAUCAUUUUAAAACAGAAAGGGACAGACAGGAGAAUUUCAAACCGGCAAGCUGGGUUGUUCAGGCUCGAGCACCGCGAAAUCAGCGGCUUCAGACCGAAACAUGCAGGCACGUGAUGACGAAAACGACAACAACUCGUCCGCCAUGACAGCUCCGAAGAUCAACUUCCCGGCGGAAAAUUCGCCUCAGAGAGCGAAUUCGGCGGGCUCUUUUAACAUCAGAGCCAAAGUUGUCCCUCUAAAGCCGGGAAGAAGUUUGAUGGACUGGAUCCGGCUCGGAAAAAGUGGACAAGACUUAGCGGGAACCGGUGGAAUUACAAAAACUGUCACUGUAGAAGAACUAAGCAAACAUAACACAGAACACGAUGCUUGGAUCAGCAUUCGAGGUAGAGUAUACAAUGUGACACCUUACUUAGAGUAUCACCCUGGAGGUAUUCCAGAGCUGAUGAGAGGGAUAGGGAGAGAUGCCACUGAUCUGUUUGAUGAGACACAUAAGUGGGUAAAUGCGGAGUCAAUGCUGGAAAAAUGUUUUAUUGGUCCUCUUAAAAGAAACAGUGUGGUCAAGAUGAAACCUUCCAGAAGCGGAUCAGGAAAGUCGUUGAAUGUUUCAACAGGAUCUUUGAAGUCUCACAACAGUCUGUUUGUUCCCGGGGCACAACAAGUUGAUGGAUUUGCUGUUCCAGUUCCUCCACAAAACAAACAAGACCCAAGCUAUGAUUGGUACCAGAAUGACAAAAUAGUUACAAUAUCAGUUUACACCAGGAAAAAGGAUUUUAAAGCAGAAGAUGCCAUACUAGAAUUAAAAGAUGGAAAAGACUUUGAUGCUAUAUUCAUUUUAGGAGAAAAAAGCUUUCGAGUACAUUUAGCACUGACCAGUCCUAUAUCUCACCAACAAGUUCGUUUGUCUGGAGAGAGUGGAAAAGUCGACAUUCUUUUAACAAAAGAGACUGCUGGGGUACACUGGACAGAGUUAGGAAAAGGUCUCCAAGGCAAUAAUUCAUUCAAGCUACAUAAAGACAGAGAAUCCAGGUUAUGGGAUUGCAGAGUAGUCUCCGUAGAGUCUGUGACACAUAACUGCAAAUUGUUUUGCUGUGAGCUGCCUAAUGGCGUCAUCAUGAGAAUACCAAUAGGACACCACAUACACAUGAGCAGAGAUGUUGAAGGUAUGCAGAUUAGCCGCCCUUAUACAGUGGUACUGCCAUCUCUUCAGGUGGAUCCAUCGGAGAGGGAAUAUGACGGGAAACGCUUUCAUCUAAUGAUUAAACUCUACCCUGAUGGAACGCUGACUCCAACGUUAAAUGCUGUCGGAGCUGGUGACAGUCUCCAAAUUACUGAUCACUCGGGAGAUUUUCGAGAAUCUCGAUUGAAUGAAGCCAAGGAGAUAGUUCUUAUUGCCGCUGGGACAGGGUUCACACCCAUGGUUAGGCUCAUUCGGCACACAGUGUUGGAGAAUUCCUCAGUGGACAAGUCUGUCAAGCUCUUGUUUGCAAAUCGUCAAGAAACAGACAUCUUAUGGAAGCAGCAGUUGGACGUGUUAGCCGAUAUCGCUAGUCCAAGAUUUCAAGUGUUCUACACGGUGACCCAACCCAACCCUGAGUGGGAAGGCUACGAAGGUCGUGUUUCCAUGGAGAUGCUGUUAGAAAUUUUACCCCCUCCACCUAGUGCCGGCUGCGAAAGGGAGUUACUUAUUGGAGUGUGUGGUCCUGAUGCGUUCACGCAACACAUCGUCAGCAUGCUAAAAGACCUCAGUUACACUGGAAAAAUGAUUCAUGCCUUCCUGGCCUGAUUUAAAGCUUCAAGUGUACAUUAGAGUUUGUCUUGUUUACACCAACGCGCCACAGAUUCACUCACAAGACGUCAGUUACCCUGGGAUAAUGAGCCAUGCAUUCCUGGCUUCAUUGAGGCUUCAAGUUUUACUAGACUUAAAUGUGUUCACACCAGCGCGCCACAAAUUCACCCACAAGACCUCAGUUACAUUCAGUGCAUUCCUGCCUGCAUUGAGGCUUCGAGUUUACACUAGAUUUAGUUGUGUUCACAUCGACGCGUCACGGAUUCAUUCAAACGACGUCAUUUACAUUGGAAAUCCAUGCAUUCCAGGCUUAUCGACAGCAGUAUGCUUGUGUACACUACAAUAAACUGCGUCCACAACAGCACGUCACGGGCUUAGUCUAGAUCUCCUACCGUGCAAAAAUCAUACGUGUAAUGUUCACAUGCGAACAAGUGAUCACUCUCAAUACACGAAUGUCGAUCAUGCAGUUACGCACCUGGAUUAUGUAUUGGCAUCUUGUACCUGUUUUGAAACUACACGAGUAUGAGACUUCCUGCCUCUUGUGAAUUGAACUGGUUGAAAUGGACAGGACCAAUUUACGAUUCAAACGUGACUGGAGAUUCGCAUGGUCACAACGCCUCAAAGUUACUCAGACGCUUGAGCGCACGUGAUGAGCACGUGAUGUGCACGUGAUGCAGCACGCAUGACUCAAAAUUGACCCAGGUCAGUGUAUCUUGUACGCGAGUAACCGUCUUGCCGUCCACCAAGCAUUAUACGCCUUUCAAUUACUACGACAGGAAUUUUCUCAAUUUAGCAAACAAGAUAAAUACUUUCAUGAUGAGAACGUUUUGAUAAGACAAACUCUAAUAAUGCAGUGUUUUUACAAUUGAUUCCUAUGGUUACCACGGCAGACACGGAGAUUAUACGGAUUCUAAGACCAAGAUUAGAUAUAGAAUUUCCUUGGCAACUUCAGCCAUACAAAAUUUCAAUAAAUGAGCAUCUUUUCUGUAGGAUGUCCUUGCUGGUCAAGACAGUCUUAAGUUUCACGAGCUAAUGGUUCUCCUAGUAGAGUCCUUAUUUAUUGUUACAUCGUUUCCAAGAUGACUAAACUAUGUAACUGUAAUCUCCCUCCUCUGUGGGACUUAAAAAUGUGUACAUAACCAUUCUCUCAAAUUAAAAACAGAAUUAAAACUUUGCGAUAUCUGCCGAACAGUCA